UUAACCACAUUCCAGAGAGGCGCAGCGCAUCCCGUCUUCAUCCCCGCAUUCCUUUUACGCAAACGAGUCCCCUGUGUAAAACGGUGUUUUAUGCAGGUUUAACUCCGCUCGGUGAGCUCAGAUUUAUACACGACGGAUAUUUAUGGCGUAUCCGAUUAUCCAGCCUAGUUUGAUUUUUGCACGGUGACCGUAAGCGAAACUAGAGGAAAAACCAACAAGGGGAAAUUCCUCCGCGCAGCGCGCCAUUGACUGUAAAGACCUUUCAACUUAACAAAAACUGAAGUUGACAAACGUAUCCCUGUCGGCUGAAACUGUGAGAAAGAGUUUGUUUUUUCGGCGAAGGGGGCAAAGCAGAAGAAGACGAUGCGGCACACGGUGGAGGUUUCUCAGUACGUCGGUGGUUUUCUGUAAAUGAGCGACGGCUGUAACGCGGCGUUUUGUUUUGAUUUCCAUGUGAAAUGCAAUUAGUGCUCCGCGGUGCUCGCUAGUUUGGCUCGCGGAGCGGAGCACACUCUGAACUUGUUUCUCGCCUCGGGAGCACAACAUGGAGCACUACCAGGAAGAUUUGGGACUCCGGGCCAGUAAAUUGAUGGAGGACCUUUCCUUGUAUGAUGCUUAUAAGGACGGGAUGUACACCGCGAGGAGAGACUUGGUGAUUAACCCUGAUUUGGACUUUUCGGCUCCGGCUGUAGCAGAACAUAAAAGUAAGCCAAUGAAUGGUACCUCUGUGCUUCACCAGCAGCAUCACACAGUGGAGAAUUUCACGACUGGGAAUAAAGUGUACAACGCGGCUCCGGUGCGCCCUGUAAACUGCACCCGGACCGUGCCUGUGGAUUUUUGUGCCCCUCAAAGAGACGCAGUUUAUACCGAGAAGGGCUGUUGCACCAAAUCCGAAGUGGCUUUGCCGUGCUACACGGGCGCUUCCGACAGGCACCGGAGAUACUCUCUGGAGGUGCAAGGCCACAGGUACAGCACCGGCUCCGCCUUCGAUGGCGUGCCCCUGAACAAGCCGGUGGCAGUGCCCGGCAACAGGUGCAACAGUGUCUGCAUCACCAGCAGCCACGACGGGAGAUAUAACGCCACUAGCCCAAGGUCCAGCUUAGCAUCUUCCCUGUCCUCUCAGGAGCAGAGCAAGCAUGCCAGCCCGAGGUCGAGCAUCAGCAGCCCGCGCACUAGUUUAGUGGUACCGGGUCAGGACAGGUACACGAGCCCCAGGUCUAGUUUAGUUCACUGUGAGGGCAACAAUGUCCUCAGUCCCAGAUCCAGCUAUGCAAGCACUGCCAGCGACACGAGUAAACACUCCAGCCCCCGGGCCAGCCUCAACAGCUGUGACUGCUGCAGCAAGCCCAGCAGCAACCGCACCAGCGGCAUCAGCAUGGGCUACGACCAGAGGCACACCAGCCCCAGGUCGAGCACGGCGAGCCAGUAUUCCUUCACCACCAGCCCGAGAUCCAGUUACUCUGACUCACGGUACGGGCCCGUGGUCAACCAUGACCUGGAGGGGGCGAUUUUACACACAGCGCCGCUGGCGAGUCCUCGCUCGAGCAUCUGCAGCCAGGACGGGAGCGCGAGACCGGGGACCACCGCAAACUGCGUGGUCAGUCCCCGGUCCAGCAUCUCCAGUCACAGCUCCAGAAGUUCCCGCAGCUCCAGGGGGUCUAUGAGCACCUACCCGGAUCUGCAGCUGCCUUCACCCAGGUCAUCGAUGCUGGGCAGCAGUUUACACGAGGAUACGCUGCUGCAGGAGUUUGGAGACUCCAACGGGAUUCCAAAUCGCAUCCAUCUCCAGGGGCUCUCGGCUGUGCCAGAGCCCCAGCAGCAGUCAGCCCAGACGGGAGGGUCUGUGGAGAUGACCGCGGGGUCGCCAUCAUCAUUUAGUUAUGGGAUGUCCUCCAAAGCAGUCUCCUCGAGCCAGAGGUUUAAGCUACCUUACCAGGUGACCCCUAACCGGGAGAGUGGACCCAGCCAGGCGGAGAGGCGGCUGGAGGCGCUCACUUUGGAGCUGGAAAAGGAGUUAGAGAUGCACAUGAAAAAGGAAUACUUUGGUAUCUGUGUCAAAUGCGGGAAAGGUGUGUAUGGAGCCAGCCAAGCCUGCCAGGCCAUGGGGAAUCUGUAUCACACAAACUGCUUCACCUGCUGCUCCUGUGGACGGAGGCUGCGAGGGAAGGCGUUCUACAACGUCAACGGGAAGGUCUACUGUGAGGAGGAUUUCCUGUACUCUGGUUUCCAGCAGACAGCGGAGAAGUGUUUUGUGUGUGGUCACCUCAUCAUGGAGAUGAUUCUCCAGGCACUAGGCAAGUCCUACCAUCCUGGCUGUUUCCGCUGUGUGGUGUGUAAAGAAGGUCUAGAUGGAGUGCCUUUCACUGUGGACGUUGAAAACAACAUCUACUGUGUCAAAGAUUAUCACACGGUUUUUGCUCCCAAGUGUGCCUCCUGCAACCAGCCCAUCCUCCCAGCCCAGGGCUCUGAGGAAACCAUCCGGGUUGUUUCUAUGGACAAGGACUACCAUGUGGAGUGUUACCACUGUGAGGACUGUUGUCUCCAGCUAAAUGACGAAGAGGGCCACCGCUGUUAUCCACUGGAAGGCCAUCUGCUCUGCCAUGGCUGCCACAUCCACCGGCUCCAGUCGCAGGUCCCUGCCCACCUGCCCCCCAGCUACCCCCUCCAUGUCACUGAGCUGUGAGGGGGAGAGGAGGGUGGGCAGCAACCAUGCCCUGCCUCCCAGGUGAUCCGAGACACCAGCAGUGGGGGAAAGAAGGCCUGCACCCCCUCCAGCAGUUCCAGGGAAGCCUCUGUGUGGCCAUCUGAGCUACUGCCCCUGUCCUCAACUGGACGGCCAGGCCGUGGACUAACACACUCAGCUCCCACCACAAGCCCUGCUGUCAUAUGACAGGGCUGGGAAAAAGGGUCCCCCUCCUCCUCCAUCUGUGGUCCUUUUCCUCCCCUUUCCCCUUGGGCUAUCCCUGAAAGCCAACACGCCGGCUCACCCAGAGGCCCCCGGUGACGUCACACAGCCUGACCCCUGCACAUUCAUCAAAGAGAGGGUUUUCGGAUUGGAGGAGAGCACGCACACUCGUCUCUCUCCUAGCUUCCCUCUCUUCCUUUCCAUGUUUUUCAUUCCUGUGCUCUGACUGAAGCGGUUUACCGCAGUGAAUUCACCAGUGCUGUCACGUCUGAGAACGCCACUGAUGUCGGCGUCAGGGAGGCCAGGGAACGAGCCACUACAUUCCAGUGCUGGCUGGACGGGACAGACCCCAGGGCGGGCAUGCUGUGCCUUCAGAGCGGGCUCUCUCCGUGCAGCUUUUAAACACUGAAAUGGAGUCCUGCUAAAGGCUAUGCAAAGGACACCCAGCAUCAUGACACAGGGCUGUGAGAAAAACUGUUAACUCAAGCUCGUCGCCCUGAACCAACCCCGAAAUAACAGAUGCACCGUAGCACCACAAGCCCAGAGGACCGACUGACAUUCCACUUAGAAGUCUUAGACGAGACCUCGAGAGAUUCACAAGCAGUGUCUUAAUUAAUGAUUAUAUUAUGACAGAAAAAGAAAAUUUUAGAUGCACAUAGAAUGUCUUUUAUAUAUGAAUAUAUAUUUUGCAGAUGUUUUCCACAUAAGAUCAUAGAUGUAGAUUCUCAUUUAUUUGUUUUUGCUGCGCUUGCGAUAGAUUCAGAGGUGAAACACGUUGUUUGUCUUGAAGCCUCUUAAGAUUUCAGGUCUGUUGUAUCAUUUCUCCUCCAGGACGCAGAGCCUCUACAUGUCUGUCAGUGGGUCACAGAUCCACUGGCUCAAAUGGUAUUUGCCUUCAGUUAUCUUUUCCCACUUUGAGUACCAAAUGUUUAGCGCCAAAAGCUUGAUGAAGGCACCAGUCUGUUCCUUUUAACCUACAUAUCCCAGCUCUCUCUGCUGAUCGAAGACACUGUAACACACACUAAUAGACAUUUCUGAAUACCUUAAAUUCACCAUCUUUGGUUAAACCUAAAUCAGUGUAUUUAUUGUAAAUGCAAGUUACUAAAAAAGUAAUAGUAAAUUGAAAAACUUGACAGAUUUUGAUCAUUGUGUAUUUGUGUCACAACUGAUAACAGCACUGUCUGUGUUUGAAACAUACAAGCUGAUCUCGUUAGCCUCUGGCUCUAAACAAGCAGUUAAUUUGAAGUUCUGUGUGAUUCCUUGUAUUUUCGUCGUACCUAAUUCCCACAAAAAUGUAACAAAGCAUUUAGGUCCCUUAUCUUUAGACUUUUCAGAAUUGCACAUUCUGACCUUCUGUCAAGGGUGCUACUAUUUUGCCAAGUUAUCACACAGAGCUUCGAGAUUAAGAUUAAAGCUUAAUCUUAAAAUCUGAGAGCUUAGCUAGAAAUUGGUCUUUAAAUACAGAGAUUUAGGCCCCGUGGUUGAGCAGCAAAAGACUAUUGACUAAAAGACAUUCAGCAGUGGUCAUCACAGAAACCAAAUGCAAACUGUUGAAGUAUAUAAGCUAAAUAAGUAUUAAUGAGCUCUGUGGUUAACUAUGAAAAGGCAUUAAGAGACAGAAGAACUCUGAUUGGAAAAGAUUUGGUUAGACAACAUGUUGCAGAGGGACUGAUCUGGACUAAAAAUCAUUUCAUCAAUCAACAACAUAUACCUAUUCCACAUUUAUGCUUAUAUAUCAUUUUCCAGUGCUCACAAGCAUUUGUUAAUGACACAUAAGUCAUCUGGUGACUGUAAUGGUUUUCUGAGCGCCCAUAGCUACGUUCCCCCAGAGAGGAGCCUAAUGUCAAAGGUCCCAGGUCAUUUGAAAGUAAUUUUCUGCCACCGACACCUGUCAGUGUCUUCAUGCGGCAUCUGGCCCAUCUGGUACUCAAGAGAAAAAGAAACAGAUUGAUUUAUUUAUUUGCAAAUACCUUUUUGCCCCAGGUGUGUUCAAGGCACUGUUUCCUGGUAUGUUUUUUUCCAGACACUGGUUUUAUGUCAUAUAAGCACUGAGAACACAGUGCGUUUCUACGAGGAACCUCCUCUUGUCCGCAUGCCUUAAAGACAGAAUAGGUAUGUUUGUGUGUCUCGCUCUGGUUUGCCAUGCAGUCUGCUGUCAUGUCGUGGGGGGACGUCCCUGAAAAUGCGGAGCUGCUGGUCUCACCCGCGUUUUUAGGGAGUCCGCUCAUGUUUCCCAUGCUGGUUGUGUGCGUCUGUUUGUGUGUGUUUGUGUGAAUGCAAAAACAAAAACUACAUGAGACAAAAACACUUGAAACUCUGAGCUGUAGUGGUGCUGGAAAAAAAAGUCUCACCCCUCUGCACUUGGUUACUGUCAUCUUUUUUCCCCUCAGAUUGGCACUCAGUAGAUCAUUCCCUGUACAUGUCAGAUCUUAAGGUAUUUUAGGAACCUGCUGUUAUUGAGGAAAAUUCUGCCUUGCUCUUGCAAUUUGGUGUAGAUCGACGGUAACUAUGCCUGCUUAUUUCAAAGACGAGCAAAUUGUGUGAAUGCCUUAUGUGUGUGUGUGUGUGUGUGUGUGUGUGUGUGUGUGUGUGUGUACUAGUGGCAGGGCCAUGGCACAUGCACCUCACUGUGUUUGCAGGGCAGCGCAGCAUCCAACACAGUGACCCCUGCUCUCUCUGUUGUAACCCAGUGAUGAUUUUGAUGACUGCGUCCACCCCAACCUCUUCCAGAUGUUUGUGUCUAAAUCUUAGUGUUUGUUUGAACUUUGGUGUGGUAGCACCAUAUUGACAGUGUGUUCAAGUAACUAAUAUAUCAUCCUCUGGCUACCACCUAUCUGGUAUUCAAACUAGAACAAAACAAGCACCAAGUAUUACAGGCAAAUACUGGCUCCUAUUCAUAUAUUACUGUACACGCAGGUCGGAACAAAUACUACUGAAUGUGUGAUGAAAACAGAGACUGAAGCAGAGACUGAAGGCAGGGGUCACCACAGGCAGGAAGUGCUUUCUAAUGUAACCUGAUGUGAUGAGAUUCACUCGAAUGUAAUGAUGAUUAGUGUUGUAUAUUUGUAAAAGCAGAAAAGAAAAGGACAGCAUAUGUGAGACAUUCCCCUUGUUAUUUGAUCAACCUCAAUUUUGUAUAAGGGUUCUGGUCAAGUAAUGUGUGCUAUACUUGAAGAAAGAGGCAUUUUUUGAACUGCACCAUAUCAACCCCCCCAAGAAAAACUUAACAAGAUCAGAGUGCACCCCCCUUUAAAGAUGUCUUAAUUCACCAUUUUAAAAGUACUACUUCAGUUUCUAUUGCAUAGCACACAGCUAGUUACCCUGUACAUAAAGAGGAUAGUUUUUGUUAUUUUAUUUUUCUGUCAAAAAUCACUUGGAAAGAGAAGACUUCUUCUCCUACUGGUAGUUCCAACAAGCACAUCUGUCACACAUCUUUUGUAACGCUAAGUGUUUUGAUUACCUAGAUGGUUCAUAAAAAAAGGAAACUAGAUCUAUUUAUCUAAACAUGAAAAAAGUCUAAAGUUAUUUAAUGUAUUAAAAAUCGGGACGUAUCAUUUAACUGUAGAUGACAUAAUCUGCUUUUUCAAUAAAGUGGUUUUGUAGCUAA